UACGGUAGUAAAGUUUCUCUACGAAUAAUUGACGGUCUUCGUCGAAGGCCUAAGGCACCUUAUCCGUGUACCCAUCGCCUUCCCCAAAUCCCAGCCCCUAAAGUCUUCUCGAGCUCCUCCUCCUCUUCCGGCGUCCGCCUCCCAGAUCGUAUCAUUUUGAGUGAACAUUCCAGAUGAAUCGAGAGAAGCUCAUGAAGAUGGCAGGCGCCGUCCGCACUGGUGGAAAAGGCAGUAUGCGCAGGAAGAAGAAGGCAGUUCACAAGACUCCGACUACGGAUGACAAAAGGCUCCAAAGCACUUUGAAAAGAAUUGGAGUAAAUACUAUACCUGCUAUCGAAGAAGUCAACAUCUUCAAAGAUGAUGUUGUCAUCCAGUUUCUUAAUCCCAAAGUGCAAGCUUCCAUUGCAGCCAAUACAUGGGUGGUUAGCGGUUCUCCGCAGACUAAGAGGCUUCAAGACUUGCUUCCUUCGAUCAUCAACCAACUUGGCCCUGAUAAUUUAGAGAACUUGAGGCGGAUUGCAGAACAGUUCCAGAAACAAGCAUCUAGCUCUGCUGCUGCUUCUGGCUAUGCAAAGGGUGAAGAUGAUGACGAGGAUGUCCCGGAGCUUGUUCCUGGAGAGACAUUUGAGGCAGCUGCCGAGGAGAAACAAGCUCCGCAGACUUGAGACCCAAGAGCAGUUUUAUUAGUCAGCACUCAACACUCUUGUAACGUUGCUUUAUGAUGAUUUUAUGAAUCAUCUACUCCAGAUUUUUAUUAGCAAAACAGUUCUGUUGAGAUCGUGUUCCCUUUCUUGCUUGAGAUGUACUGAGUGUAUGAGUUCAUAUGAAGAUAUGCAGUUUGUUCUUUCUAA